UUCCCUGCAGCCUGAUGGAUUAUGCAAAGAAAUACUUGGAUCUUCUCAGCCCACAAUCACUUUCCAGAUGUGUCUCAGCCAGUGCUUCCGCGACCCAGCAGCUGCUGAGCGGCCCCGCUGCCCGUCCCAGGCCAUACCGCGUGAGCAAUUGCGAGCGCACCCUGCGCAAAGGCAUCAUGGCGGAGAGUCUGAACGACCUGCUUGAGAAAGUACAAACUGCUCUGGACUUAGUGGGGUCCAUCAGCGUUGUCUUGGAUGAAGAUGGCACCAGCAUAGAAUCGGAGGCGUUCUUCCAAACUCUAGAAGAAGGAAUGGUAUUGCUGGCCUUAACUGAGGGACAGGUGUGGCGUCCAGCCAAGAAAGCCGGCUACCAGCUAUCUCUGUCCAGCAAGCCUCGACGUCGGAUUGACGUGGCCUGCAUCACAUUUGAUCUGUACAAGACGAAGCCCCAGGACUUCUUUGGCUCUUUGAACGUCAAGGCCACUCUUUAUGGGACCUACAGCAUGUCCUACGAUAUGCAGUGCUAUGGGGCCAAGAGGAUGAUGAAAGAAGCUCUGCGCUGGACCCUCUUCACCAUGCAAGCCACGGGCCACGUCCUGCUGGGCACUUCCUGUUACAUGCAGCAAUUGCUGGAUGCCCCGGAAGAACAGAAGGAAGAAAUUUUGCCGUCCUUGUGUCGUCCUUCUAUCGCUCUCCCCUCCUCUCUCACCCGGAGAAUGUUGCAAUGAAUUUGCGGGGGAGGAGAUAUUUUCUGCCCUACUGCUGCUACGGACUCCGAGCCCCAGGGGUGUUGACAUCCUACACGUAAGGCACCCUCCAAGAUCAUGGAGGCAGGGACGGGCACUUCUCUGCACCUGCUGGAGUGGAAAAGCACAGCCAACGUCAAAACAUUUUGACUCUUGUCUCACAAUUCUAGGCACUCACUGUUUCUUGUAAGUUAU